AUAUUGGGAGGGAACACAAUCAUACCAUAUAAACAAAACAAUAUUAUAAAAUUAAAAAGUUUAAAUCCAAAAAGAUGACGAUCACCAAGUUACUUGUGGUGGUCUUCAUUGCAGCUUUGUGUGAUAACGUUAGUGCAAAUCGACUCGGAGGUAUGCCCAAUGAUACCGAACUCAUGGAUAAAAAACUGAGUAUUGGAAUGGUGUUUGAUGGCAUUUCAAACUCUACUAACAACAACCGUAGAGACAUUCUUGGAGACAUUAUUAACAUUAUUAUUGGCAUUUUCCGCAACAAUCCUGGAUCGAUAAAUAUAACGAUACCUAUGUCGCCAAACAAUACUAGCCCGGCACCUUCCCCGGGUGGUGGCUUAGUAGGAGUCGCCCCAUCCCCGGCCCCAGAAGGCGGAGGCCUUAUACAACUUGCACCGUCUCCUCUUCCACUAGGAAUUCCUCCUAUUGGUGCUCCUCUACCUGAAAGCGGAGCAGCUCCUGACACUAACGAUAUUCGAGCUCCCAUUGCUGUGAAUAUAGGAGUCGCUCCUGCCCCUGAAGGUGGAGUUCUUAUUACUACUAACAACCUUAGAACCAAACUUAUCAUCAAUGCGAAAGGAGGUGAAGAUGGUAGCAACGGUGGGAGCAGUGAGGAGGAGCUUGAACCGUGAAAAAUCCUGUACAUAUAUAUUGCAUGCUUAGCCUAUACUCUAUAUAUUCUCAUUUCUUUACAAACUACAAAGUCACAUCCUCUUUUCUAUGGUAAAUAAAUAAUUUAUUUUGA